AGAACUCAGCUCGGCGGCUUCCGCUCCUCCCGAAACUCUUCCCCGCGCGACCCGCGCCUUCAGUUCCGCCUGCGGGGCGAGGCGAGGCCGGGGAUGCUGCUGAGCCGCUUCGGCGGGUGGGAAACGGAGCAGGCGACGACGGUGCUCCGGCGGCUCCUUCGGGCCGGGGGCUCGGCCAGGUCCAGGGUCAUGCGGAACUGGGGGGUCAUCGGCGGGGUGGCCGCCGCCUUUGCCGCCAGCCUCUACGUCCUCUGGGGCCCCACGGCGGAGAGGAGGAGGCGCAGGAAAGGGCUGGUGCCAGGCCUGCUUAAUCUGGGGAACACGUGCUUCAUGAACUCUCUUCUCCAAGGGCUGUCGGCGUGUCCUUCUCUCAUUCAGUGGCUGGAAGGAUUCACAGGUCAGGGCCCGGCCGGCCAAAGCCGGGGAGCCGGACAGCAGUCCCUGUCGCUGACCUUGCUUCGCCUGCUGAAAGCUUUAUCCUGCCAAGAGGCAAUGGAGGACGACCUCCUGGAUGCAAGCUGCUUGUUGGAGGUUUUAAGGCUGUAUCGCUGGCAGAUCUCCUCGUUUGAAGAGCAGGAUGCUCACGAACUGUUCCAUGUUCUCACUUCCUCACUGGAAGAAGAACGAGAGGGUCAGGCGCAGGUUCCACAUUUAUUUGAUGUGCAUUCACUGGAGGAGCCAGAAAUACCCCAAGAACAAAUAUGCUGCAGGACAAGAGGGCCGCUUCAUCCUGUGCCAAAUCGUUGGAAAUGUCAGCAUCCUUUUCAUGGGAGGCUGACAAGUAACAUGGUUUGCAAGCACUGCAAGCACCAGAGUCCCCUCAGGUACGAUACCUUUGACAGCCUUUCCUUGAGCAUCCCAGCCACCGUGUGGGGCCACCCAUUGACUCUGGAUCACUGCCUUCGCCACUUCAUCUCCUCUGAGUCAGUCAAGGAUGUCGUAUGUGACAAUUGUACCAAAAUUCAGGCAGAAGGAACUGAGGGCAGCCAAAUUGGGGAGCACCAGAGAACCACAUUUGUUAAACAGUUAAAGUUAGGAAAGCUCCCUCAGUGUCUCUGCAUCCACCUGCAGCGGUUGAGCUGGUCCAGUCACGGCUCGCCCCUGAAGCGGAAUGAGCACGUGCAGUUCAGCGAGUUCCUCAUCAUGGAUCUCUACAAGCAGCACUUCCCCACCCAUCAGUCAAGCCCCAGGGAGGGUCUGCAGGCAGAGCCAGACACCGAGGAUGAUGGGGAACGAGCGGGAAACAGCAAGUCCGUUCUCACCAACGGCACUUGCUGCACUGCGUUACUGCCUCCCUCCGUUGGUUUCCCUUACGUUGCCGUUCCUGGCUGUGGUUCCCCCAUCUACGUGUACCGCUUAAUGGCUGUCGUGGUCCACCAUGGGGACAUGCAUUCGGGACACUUUGUGACCUACCGCCGUACUCCAUCAUCUUCCCAGACUCCGCUGUCUGCCAGCAGCCAGUGGCUUUGGAUUUCAGAUGACUUGGUGCGCAAGAGCACCCUGCAAGAGGUCCUGUCUUCGAGCGCCUACCUGCUCUUUUACGAGCGCAUCUGCUCCAGGCUGCAGCGUCCAAGCCGAGAAUUCCAAGCCGAGGAAUGAUAAGAGGCGACCAGGCUGUGCUGGUGUAGCUGCUACCCUUCUCCGGGGCAAGAACACAGUGUCUGGGUCGCCAUGGACACCCCAGGAUGAAAUGGAGGGGGUGCUUCUCGACAGGACCCAGCUGAGCGACCCUGCCCAAAGUUGCUCUUAGCAUUGUGUGUAUGAUUUUCACCCACGUCAGAAGUCUUCGUGUGCUCGGGAAUAUUUCCCGCUCCAGGAAUUUCAAGUAGAGACCUCUUAGGUUCUUCUCACUUGUGACUUUUACCUCUGCUUCAUUUGUUGUGAUUGAUUUACUGCCAGUCUUUUAAAAACAUUUCACAUCUGUGGCAGAUUAAGUCAGAUGAGCAACCUAUCGCAUUGAGAAGGGAGGGUGAAAAAGACUCUUUAAGUGCCUUGAUCUUAUUUUAAAACCGAGGAGUACCAGCUGUGGCGACGUGAAAACAAGAGGAUUGCUUAUAUGUGGCCGGUGCUCUGAACUUCCAGGGGAAGCCAGUGGGGCAGAGGAGUGCUUGGAUUUCUGAUUGGGGGCUCAAGGUGCUUCCCAGAAAGCAGCUGAUACCUCUGUACUGACAAGUCUGUUGUAAUUAUGCAACAAUUACAUCAGAAUUCUUAUCAGGUUCUCCUUCGGCAACGAAAGGAACCAUGUUUCCUAUUCCUUGGUAAUUCUGCUACCAGAUUUAAAAUAUUUUGUACAUGAUAAAACUGCUGCUAAAAUACCGACUGUACUUAGACCAAGUAUCUGUGUGUGUCUGUG